AUGAGGAUCUGCUCGGUUCCCACGCCAGAUAGUACCAUCUGGCCAACGGCGCAACGUAGGGUUGCACGCCUUGGGCCCCGUGAACCGCUUUUGCCGCUGGCAAGACAGCACAAGGGCUCGUUGGCCAGAUACUGUGGCCGACAACGACAUGCAGACCUUGAGAGGAGUGCGCUUCCCGCGGCAACGCCCUGCUCACAGAGAGCACCGACAAGUACAUUCUGGACGCUCCCUACUUCCACUAUACGGUGUCUCCGGACGAAGGGCUGGAAAACAGUUUUUCGCCAGAAGCAGCAGCGGUGGAACAAGAACGAAACCUUGGGCGACAACGGCAGGCAGGUGCUGUACAAGCGCGUGCAAGCGUGUACUAAAGCUCCUGGAGAACCAGAGCAGACAGGAAGACCACUAGUGCUUGCCGUUGCUGUCGAUGGCCGAUUCACAGAGACAGCGACACUCUGA